AUGCUCAAUUUAAUGAUGAGUAAGAAUAAUCUCUCGAACAACAACCUUUCGAAUAAUGGUUUCUAUUCGACAUCUGAAAAUCAUUCACUUCAAAAUUCUCCAACAACAACAAAUACAUCCCAACCAGUCACUGUAGAUAAGAGUGUUUGGGACAUGUACCAAUUAUUAAUGCAAAGUGCCACCUCUCAAUCAUCUGCCAACACAUGUCAACAAAAUGAAUCCACAUCAACAACAACACUAGAUCAAAUACUGUUGGCUGCAACUAGCAAAUUAUCACCACCACCUCAUACUCAACAAAACUCAACUUCAGUUUCUCCAAUUCUAGUUGUGAUUAACAACAAUAGUCAUAACACUUCAUUGAAUCAUCCAAAUCCAAUGAUUAAUCUUGUAAAUACAUGUAUAACACCUUCAAAGAGUCAUAACAUGAGUGGAAACAAUUCUUCUCCUUCACAUUUUGAUAAUCAACACCAAUUUAACAUGUCAAGUGCUGACAAUCAAAUUUUCAAUUUUCAUCAACAACAUGUUACAACAAACAAUCAAACUAAUUUGAAUGAUUCAUUAACACCUAGCCCACCACUUCAAAAGUUAUCAUCCACUCCACCACUACAUGCUAGAGGCAUUCAAAAAUCACACAAAAUGGCCAAAUUGACUCAACAUGUUUCAUCAACAUGUCUUCAUUCUUCACCAACAACAAGUUCAGAACUAGCUUCUUCAUCCUCCUCUUCAACUCCAUUGACUCCACAACAACAAUUCAAUUCUUCUCUCUCUACUGGGAAUGUUGUCAUUAAGAGUGAAGGAAAAUUCAGUCGUCCACUAUUGAAGAAUGAAACAGUUUUGUGUGAAAAACCAAAAUUCAAGCAAAAUUAUUUCGUAUUUGAAAAGAAGAAGGAAAAGGCACAAAUUUCAUUUCAUAAUAUUUCAGUGAAUGAGAUUAUUAGUGGAGAGAUUCAGAGUGGAAGUGGAAAUUCACCUAAAUUGAAUAAUCAAAAGAAGAAUAAGAAGGUUUCGAAUAAUGGAAUGGGAAAUAAGCAAAUGAAACAACAAUUUGGUGUUUUUGCACAACAACCAAUUCAAGUUUUUCAACAACAUAUUCCAAGUCAAUCAAUGCAAUCUUUGGAUUCUUCAUCUGCUUCCAAUCAAUCUUCUCCAAUGUUAACUAUUCCACAAAUGCAAUUAACUCAACAUGUACCACAACAAUUUAUUCAAUCAAAUAUUAGAAUGACUCAUUCUCCAAAUACUUCUAAUUCCUCUAAUAAUUCAAAUGGUCAAUUGGAUCAACAACCAAUGACCAUUACUCAUCAAUUACUUACUCAACAGGCAAUUAUUCCUUCAGUAACCACACAAACAGCAUCAACAACACGAUCAUCUCCUCCAAUUGAGAAUAAUUCCAAUGUUUUGAAUAUUCUCCUUUCCAAUGUUAAUAAUAAUCAACAAUUUGUUGGAAAUAAGUAUCUUGAAUUAUCCUGUUUAAACAACAAUGAAUAUACUCCCAUCAGCUCAUUCUCUAACACUAAUAAUUCAAUGAUGAAUUGUUCCCAUCAAGAUACCAAUAUUAAUCCAGUUGAUAAUUUACUUGCCAGUUUAUCACCUGUUGUUGAAAGUCUAUUUCCACAACAUCUACAACAACAACAAUCUAUUACUACUAAUAACGAAGCAGCAGCAAAUAACAAUGCUAGCUUUAUGAAUGCCGAAGUUUUACCUUCAUCAUCAUUUCUUCCAUUGGAGGAUUUCAUUGUUGAGGAGGAUUUGAGCAAUUUUGUAUUUGAUAAUAGUUCUGCUGUAGCAACAACAGCAACUAUGGCAUCAGCAUCAACUUCUGUUCCAUUGCAAGAAUUGAGUCAGGAGCAAUGGUCUGAUUUAUUAGAACAAUAUAUUGCCAUGAUGAAUAAGAAUAAUAAUAACAAUUAA